AUGACAACUAUUCAAGCUCAGCCAAACGGUCUUUUCUCGGUCCCUUUUUACAACGAAAACAUAUACGUAACGGUAGCAAAAGAAGCGGAACGAGUACAUGAGUGGAUAUGUUCUAUAUACAACAUCCACAACGAUUUUCCGAAGAAUCUUUUAGUCGGCCUCGAUACGGAGUGGCUGCCAAAUAUGUCUCCAUGCGAAGACCAUCCAAUAGCCAUACUUCAACUAUGUGUUGGCAACCGAUGCCUCGUCUUCCAAAUUCUACACGCCGAUUUUAUUCCGCCGCUGCUCCACGCCUUCUUGAUCGAUCCUCGUCACACGUUUUGUGGGGUCGGAAUCAAAGAUGACGUGGACAAAUUGUACAGUCACCAUGGCUUGCGCGUGGGAAGGACAACGGACCUGAACGAUCUCGCUAGAUUGGCUAUGAUCAACGGUCGUGAUAAUGGAGACGGACGAUUGGCGAUGAUCAACGGAAGAUUGGAUAUGAUCCACGGUCGUAAUGGAAACGGAGAGUACAAAUAUAUGGGGCUGAAAAAGAUGGCGUACGCGGUUCUUGGAAAAAACAUGGAGAAACCAUUGCAGAUAACUCUGAGUAAGUGGGAUGCAAAGGAGCUCGAUUGCAAUCAGAUAGAAUAUGCUGCCAUAGAUGCCGUGGUUUCGUACCAGAUUGCUUUUGCAUUAUGCUUGCUGGUUUUUCGUCCAAUCACACCACUCGUAUGCUUAGCCGUUAGACCUCGAUUUUUAUUAGUUUAG